GGGGACAGAAAUUUGCAUAGCUUCAUUGAUGGCAAUAGCCUGGUUAUUUAGCGCCCUAGACUUGUAAGCUGCGUCCUAUGGAUCGCAGGGAAGAGAAGAAAUUUCAUGAACAAUUGGAAGUUACUAUCAAUGAUAUGGUGGAUGACGUCAUCGUGACAUCAUGUGCAGAGAUUUACAAAGCUCUUGUGUGUGGAUAUUAUCAGUGGCUGUCAGACAGCGAGUUGUCUGAUCAUGAGGUUGUCGUCGAUGAGAUUGGGAAGGAUGUGUUUGGGCAUCCACCACUCAAGAAAUCAGUAGAUUGUACGUGUCCCAACUGUGAACGAGUCAUUGCUGUAUCAAGGUUUGCACCUCAUUUGGAGAAGUGCAUGGGAAUGGGUAGAAACAGCAGUCGACUGGCCAGAAGACGGGUUCCGUAUACAGAUAAAGAUGCUGCAAGUGGAGAGGAUGAUGAUGGAGAUGAGUGGAACAUCAGACAAAAUCAAAGGAAGAUGAAAUCGCAAAAAGUGGCCAAUGGAUCUCCUCGUUUAAUUAGCCGAACUAAACAAUCAAAGACUACACCUUCUCUUCCUCUUCUGGUGUUGUCACCUCGUCAGUCACGAAGUCCGUGUGGUAAUUCUAGUCAGAAGAGCAAUGAUGAGAGGCAACACGCAGACUCUCCAGACAAAUGGGCUGUUGAGUUGCUGCCAGGCAUUCAACCAUUUAUGUCAUUGCCUGUUGCAAAGAGAAAGGCAAUACUCAGUGAGUCAUGUGGAGUGUUAAGUGAGCAAAACAGCAAGAUGUGCACCAAUCGACAUCCUUGCAGUGACCAUACAGAUGAUGAAAGGAAAGCUGUGUGGAUGCAGUUUAUUGAUGAAACGACAAACGAAGUACCAGAUUUUCAAUCUGUGAGCAUUGAGUCUUAUGGCGAAGGGUUGAGAGUUCCAUUAGAAACAGAAUUGGACAUAGAUGUCAUUGAUGGCAGUAGAGAUUCAAAUUCAAAUGAUGGUCACAGUCCUAGCACAACUACAAGUGCCAAAUGGAAAGAUGAACUUCUCCAGCAAACUAAAUGCCCACACAUUCCACCAGUACGCAUUGUCCCACGGAAAGCAAGCCGGUCAAAGUAUUCAUCUCGGAAACGAAGUAGACGAAGAUAACAGAGACUUCUAAUACACAACAUUAGAAAGGAAUACAUUAUGGAUGUAUUGUACUGUACAGUCAGA